UGCGUGGAUCCACACUGACGCCGAUCACAGUGAAACCACCGGCUUUUCCACAGCAUUUAACGUCCAUAUCAUCACCCCAAAUCUCAAAUCAGUGUCUUCACUGUAAUGGAGCUUCUGGUGGGCAUGUCUCUUGUUUGAUUGACAUCUCACGCUAAAAGGAAUGGACUACAGUGAAGAAAAGAGCGCGUAGAGACCACACCCUCAAAACACAAUGAGGCUGAACUCGUCUUGAGUUGCCCAGACACACACUCCACACACUCACACCAACAAACUGUCUCACCAUGGGCUCCGUGUACUUGUGGAAGUUGUCUUCCCAAAAGUUGGGUUUCUUCCUCGUGAGUUUCGGCUUCAUUUGGGGGAUGAUGCUGCUUCAUUUCACCAUCCAGCAGAGGGCGACGCAUGAAAGCAGCGCGCAGCUACGAAUGCAGAUACUGGACCUUAGCAAGCGAUACAUUAAAGCCCUUGCAGAGGAGAACCAAAGCGUGAUGGAUGGACCCUACGUAGGCACCAUGACAGCAUAUGAUCUGAAGAAGACUCUAGCUGUUCUUCUGGACAACAUAAUGCAGAGAUUGUCCAAGCUGGAGUCUAAAGUGGACAAUAUCAUGUACAAUGGCACCAGCGCCAACCUGACCAACGGCACCGGGACUCCCGGACCAAACCCAGUCAACCCUGAGAAAGUCAACGUGGCAGAUUUGCUAAACGGAGCGCAGGAAAAAUGUGAACUGCCCUCGCUUGACGGGUUUCCACAUUGUGAAGGCAAGAUAAAGUGGAUGAAGGACAUGUGGCGUUCGGACCCCUGCUACGGCAACUAUGGUGUGGAUGGGUCCACCUGCUCAUUCUUCAUUUAUUUGAGCGAGGUUGAAAACUGGUGCCCUCGUCUGCCGUGGAGGAUUAAGAACAUUGGGGAUGACUUGGACAGGAAAACACAGUUGGAGGUCCGCACAAGUUUUGACGAGUUGUAUCGCGUGAUGUCGCGGCGUGAGGAGUUUCGCUGGAUGAUGCUGCGGAUCAAGCGGAUGGAGGAGCCGUGGGUCAGCGCCGUUCGCUCACUUGCCAACAAACAAAACCUCCACCACCGCAAACGCAAGAAGAUCCUGGUUCACCUGGGCUUGUUGACGAAGGAGUCUGGUUUUAAGAUAGCGGAGAAUGCGUUCAGCGGCGGUCCUCUGGGUGAGCUGGUGCAGUGGAGCGACCUCAUCACCACACUCUACCUGCUCGGACACGACAUCCGAAUUUCAGCCUCCCUCGCUGAGCUCAAAGAGAUCAUGAAGAAGGUGAUGGACAAUAAAUCCAGCUGCCCGACCAAAGGCGAUAAAGUGGUGGAGCUGAUUUACAUCGACAUCGUGGGCCUGGCGCAGUUCAAGAAGACCCUCGGCCCGUCCUGGGUCCAUUAUCAGUGUAUGCUGCGUGUGCUGGACUCAUUCGGGACGGAGCCGGAGUUCAAUCACGCUCACUACGCCCAGUCCAAAGGCCACAAGACUCCGUGGGGCAAGUGGAACUUGAACCCGCAGCAGUUCAACACCAUGUUUCCUCACACUCCCGAUAACAGUUUCCUGGGCUUCGUGGUUGAGCAGCAUCUGAACGCCAGUGACGUCAAACACAUCGACGACAUCAAGCGGCAAAACCAAUCGCUGGUUUACGGAAAAGUGGACAACUUCUGGAAGGAUAAAAAGAAGUACCUAGACAUUAUUCACUCCUAUAUGGAAGUUCACGGCACAGUCCAUGGCACUAGUACAGUCCACCUGCCUGGCUACGUGAAGAACCACGGCAUCCUGAGCGGACGAGACCUGCAGUUCCUGCUGCGAGAGACCAAGCUUUUUGUUGGCCUGUCGUUUCCCUAUGAAGGCCCCGCCCCUCUCGAGGCGAUAGCCAAUGGCUGUGCAUUCCUGAACCCGAGGUUUGAUCCUGCUAAGAGCAGCAAGAACACCGAUUUCUUCAAAGGCAAACCCACACUCAGAGAGUUGACGUCUCAGCAUCCGUAUGCUGAGGUUUACAUCGGCCGGCCGCACGUCUGGACCGUUAACAUUGAAGAUCCGGCCGAGGUGGAGAACGCCAUUAAAGCCAUACUGAGCCAGAAGAUAGAGCCGUAUCUGCCGUAUGAGUUCACCUGUGAAGGGAUGCUGCAGCGGGUCAAUGCUUUCAUUGAGAACCAGGAUUUCUGUCAUGGUCAGGUGAUGUGGCCGCCGCUCAGCUCCAUGCAGGUCCGGCUGGCUCCGGCUGGGAAAUCCUGCAAGCAGGUGUGUCAAGAGGAGCAGCUCAUCUGCGAGCCUUCAUUCUUCCAGCAUCUUAAUAAAGACAAGGAUCUGGCCAGGUACGGUGUGGAGUGUAAAACGGUGGACUCAGCCAAUGAUAUUGUAGUCCCGGCGUUCAGCGAAUCGUCCCGGCACUGUGUGUUUCAGUCCGACCUGCUGCUGUUCAGCUGCGCUGGAGCUCAUCAGACCCUCACGCGCAUCUGUCCCUGCAGAGACUACAUGAAAGGCCAGGUGGCGCUGUGUAAAGACUGCUUAUAACACACACACCACACCACGCACUUUUCGGCAACUCGUACCAACUACUGGUGGCGUUCAAAAACGCGCCAAAUGGACAAUAAUAAAGCGUACAGUGCCAGAGGUGUAAUGGUGCGAUUAAACGAAACAAUGCAGAGUAAUUGAGCGCUUGUUUUAUUCCCAUACACACACCAACUCGAACGCUGGAGCGCGGCAGCUAAGAAAAAAUACAAUGGACGUCGCAUAGAGCGAGGAGAAUUUUAUUAUUAUUAUUUUGCUGGAUUUGUUUUUGUUGUUGUUGCGCAAACCUGAACUAGAUUCAGCCUGACAUACUUGAAGCGGUGUGCAGGGGAUCAGGACUCUACACUGCCACCUGCAGGCUCGGAGGAAACACUGUAGUGACAUUUAUUACGCCAGUUCUUCGUUCUGCUGAUUUGUUUUUUUUUUCGUAGCUUUUUGAAGAAUGACUUUCUAUCAUUGGACCAAGCUUGACACCGGACAUCUCGGAGGGAUCUUCGCCCUUUGGAGGAUUGUUUUGUUUGUUUGUGUGGCAAUGAGUAUAGUUUUAAAAUCAUUGGGAAACAAAUUCAUCGAACGAUGGACUACGAAAAUUUUACUUUUUCAUAGAAAAAAAUCACGUUUAUUUCACGACUAGAUGGUCUGGCAAAGAAAAAAACUUCUUUUUUACAUGAAACAAGAUUUCGCAACAAAACGGAUUUCGUGCGUUCAUGGAAAACAGACAUUCCUAUGAAAAGGACUUUACGACAAAAUGGACCUCUGAAAGAAACUAUUUCACAACGAAACAAAUUUUGUGGACAAACUUUACGAAACGUUUUAUUUUACAAUGAAACUGACUUUACGAAGAAAAAGAGUUCAAGACGGACUGAAAUGAAACAGACCUCCACAGUUGAACUUCAUGAAGAACUAGACUUUACGAUGGAACCGAAAAACAAACUUUAUGAAGAAAACUACUUUUCGAAGAAACUUCUCUGGAUUUACUUCAACACAAGAAAACUGAUUUGACGCAAACUUCAGAAGAAAAAUCUUCUCAAAGAAACUUCCCCAGGUUUUUCCUGACAACAAAACGGACUUCUCAACGAAACAAAGUUUGCGAUUAAACGGACAUCCCGAAGAAGCUUUCCCGGUUUGACACUGUAACAAACUUUCCAUCAAAUGACGCGUUCACUUGUAAAUACGACGCCGAAAUUUACAGUCCGCUUUAUUCUGCAUGGUAGUUUCUUUCCUGUGAUGCAAACGCCAACUUGUAACAGCACAUUUUUUCAGUGUUGGUCACCAUCCACACGAAAUAUCGCAGUACAGCACCGGUGAACUGCCAGGUUAACAUGUUUUAGUGAUAAGCAAAGUCACACACCAGCCAGUAUGAAUUAAAACACACACAAACACUAUUGACCAAAAUAACCGUUAAAAACUAGUAGAUCGACAAAAAUUGGGAUAGUUUUUGCUGGUUGUUUGACAUUGUGUCCCGGUUUACCUAAACUAGCACUCUAUCACAGCUUUCAAACGGGUUUCUAUAUGUGGAUAUGGUAAAUACCUAUACAGUCACGGAUAUUUCUGUAAAAAGUAAUCAUUCUUUGUACAAAAAAAAAUCUAUUUAGAGUAUAUAACUAGGGUAAGUUUUUUUUAUUUGUGUUAAAAACACAAAUUGGCCUUCCUUGUUUUACUUUUGUUUUGCGAUUUACAAUGGCCUAUAUUCUUGAGUUUGCCUGUCCAUUAUCGAGAAGAAAAACAAGUCAAAAUUAUUAUUAGUUCUUUGUGUUUUGGAAUGAACAUGCACUAUAGCGGAGAUUUGACACCAGAUAUUACAACACUGUACAACUUUUUUAAAGUUUGAUUUUUAAUUUAUUUUGUAUACAGAUCUUUAUCUCUGCCUGUUGAUUUUUAUGUGACUAUUUAUAGAAGAGAAUUCUUUAUAGAGGAAACUAUUAUUUAUCAAAGUAAUUUAAGUGUGAGCGCAUGUUUGUUCAGAGUAAACAAGAUUUGCGAAAGUUAAAAUUGUUUUUAUUUGUUUAAAAUGUAAUUAUAAACUAGUGUAACAUAUCAUUAUAAUAAUUUCCCUUAUCGUCAAUACUCUGGACAAACAUUGCGAACAAAGUUUAAUUUCCGAAGCCAGCAAAAACCUCAUUUGAUGUUUUUAUCCAGUGUAUGAUUUCUGUAAACAUUUGCACAUUUGUAAAUAUAGAUGGGUCUCUUCUAGUUUUCCACUGUAACUUAUACGGAUAGAUUUACGUUUGCGCUUUUCUUUCGUACGUUUGUACGUAAACUGAUGGUCUUCAGCCAAGCUAUCGUUUAAAUCUUGUUUCAUGAUGUGCCUUCGGAUGGUUACUAGAACUAUCUGGUUUGUUUUCCUUUAAGAAAUAAUAAAAAAACGUUGAAGAUGGAAUGCUAGCUAGCUAAACGCUGAAAUAGUAUAGCUGAAAUAGUUGCUUGACGUUUAGCGCUAAGUCGUUUUGCCAAACGUUUGGUGGUUGUUGACACACAAAAAUCACAGGAAUGUGUGUAGUUGACUAAAGUUGUUACAUUUGGUUUACAGUAUAAAGGACGCCACCGUUUCGAGAGUGUUUGUACAGCUUAGCUGUAGCUAUAAUAAUGACUGUCUCAACGUUUUACGAUAUUAGAUUAGCCUAAUAAAACAUGUGGCCCGUAAUUGGAACAAAGCCCAAAUUAUGUAUGGAACCAUUGUUUAUUUGAUUGUUUUUAACAACUGUUAUGGUUUACUUUGCUGUUAAUAAUGGUUGCUUUGUUUAAUUUUGCAUUCGCACAAAGAAGUUGCUAUUAAAUUCAUUUUGGGGAGGGUUUUCAUGGAGAAAACUUUAAGAAAAGAUGAACGGACACAGUUUGUUGAUUUUUGAGGAGUCAGUAGGAUAUAUCUUUAUUUUUCAAAUAAACUUUUUCUGUGACAACAGACA